AUGGACAAUUUGCGACGAAUGGCCGAGCGGCAUCUCGAAAGGUUGCGCCGACGCACCAAGGAUGACACACUUAUCCUCGACCUCAGGGAUUUGACCAACGCAAUCAUCGAAGAGGAAGCCGUGCUUUCCGACUACGACUUAGCGAUGGGCCGUACCACAACCACUGAAGCCUCGAGUCGCAGCCGGAUCGACGCCAUCAUUCUGCUCACACUAGCUCAGAUGAAGAAAGAUGUCGCGGCUGACCCAAGAUCCUCGGUCUCGUCCGUUUCCUCGGCUCAUUCUCUAAACAUACAGCAAGAGACCUAUGUUUCGAUGCCAUGGGAAUUUCCGGAUGGUCUUUAUGUCCUCAGAGGGAAAGUGGACUGUUCAGUGUGGUAUGAAAAUCCCGAUUGCCUCGAAACAAACUGUGUAUUGGUAAAAGCCAAGCGUCUAGGGGAUGACUCAAUGGGAGUUCCCCAGUGCCUGACCUACAUGGCUAUGAGACGGCAUUGGAGGAAGCUCAACUAG